AUGAGCUCGAGACGUUCGCGCCCGCGGACUCGGACAACGACAUGGAGGACUUGUACGGAGCUCGCGGACAACUUCAUCACGGACCUGUCGAGCUUCAACUUCCCGCGCCGACUCAACUACCUCGACCUGAGCGCCAACUCGAUCACGACGCUGUCGUCGUCGACCCCCUGGCCCGAGUCGGGCGAGCUGCAGACGCUGCUGCUGCACGGCAACUCGCUCAGCUCGGUAGGAGUCGACACCUUCACGAAGCUCGUUGCGCUGCAGUCACUGUCCCUCUCGAAUACGGGUAUUACCAACUUGGACGACCUCAUGCUGCCAGUGUCGCUGCGUACGUUGAACGCGACCAAGAACUCGUUUACGAGCGCCUCGACCAACUUUACCAACCUGCCUACAGCCCUGCAGUACCUGGACUUGAGCUCCAACCUGCUCACGACGUUCCCGACGAUCGUGUCAUCUCUCACGACACUCGUGGAGCUGAACCUCGAGUCGAACGGCAUCAAAAAGGUCAGCGGCGUGACUUUCGCUUCGACACUACGAAAAGUGUACCUAGCAGACAACCCGCUUUCCACGAUCGAGAUUUGCCGCUCGGACGUGAGCGUGUUUCAGAGUCUUACGGAGUUUACAGCGCCGUCUUCCGUCUCGAGCACGUGCUCGAAUUUCAAGGCAACGCUUGAGGAGAUUCAGGGCGUCUCUUUCUGCGUUCUGGACGACGAAGAGUGCGUCGCGUCAAAAACGAGUUCAGACUCGUCCAUUUUCUCGGCCGAGUCCAUUGGGGUCAUCGGUAGCACCUUCUUUCUCGUUGGCGUCCUGCUCAGCGCGCUGGUGUUCGGCUUCAUUUGGAACAAGCGGAGAGGCAACAGCGACAGCAGCAACAAUGACCCCACGCAACGGGCUGUGAUGAAGAUCAAUCGCGACCGUCGUCUGGGUAGCAGCGGUGGGAACUUCAUGGUGUUCACAGGCAGUGGCCGCAUUAGCCGUGGAAACGGCAACGACGAGUACCGCGAUACAGACAGCAAGAACGAGAACCAAAGCACUUUCGGAGGCAGCGGCCUGCAUACCCCUGGAGACGCAGCGUGGGGGCUGCACGAAAGUCCCCUGGAUAAGUACAACCCGGUGGCCAUUCUGGAGCCAAGCCCCAAGAACAAUGGUUAUCUCUGUGCUAGCACGGCCUCGCUUCAGGCGCGCAGCAAGCUGAAAAUCAAGAUCAACCUGGACGAUCUGUUGGUGUACGAGAUCCCGCCCGAGGAGAUCCAGAUGCGUCGCGCGCUGCACAUGUCUUCCUCCAAGACGAACAGCAAGACUGCGCUGGCGUUGAGCACCGUGGGAGUAGGUAAUCCCCGCAAGAAGAUGGAUAGCGCGCUGUUCCUGGCUGAAUACCAGGGCUACAAGGUGGUGAUCCAAGCGCUCAUGCGCUCGAAGAAGCGCCUCGAGAAGCACUUCGUCGAGCAGAUCCGUCUCGCUGCGUCAUUUGAUCACGCGUCAAUUGUGCACUUCAUUGGAGUCACCACCGGCUGCAGCACCACGGCAAGCCGUCGGCGAGGCAGCAGUGCCGUGGCCUCGCCACAUCCGUACAAUGCCAACGGACCUACCAACAGCACGAGCGCUACGACCAAGAGCCGAUACCCGAACAUGGGGGCGCCAUCGUGGCAUCUGGGUGUUGUGUUCGAGUACAUGCAGCACGGCUCACUCGCUACGAUGUUUGAGUCGGAGCGUCACCGUCGCGAAGGCAAGGGAUUCCACCCGAACAGCAGCGUUGCGGCGAGCAUCGGCAGCGGCAACGGCAACAUCUUCAGCUGGUACCCGGUGUUCGCAAACUCAAGCGCCAGCGUGAACGCGAACCCGAACGCCGACUGGAGGUGUAAGCUGUCUAUCGCCCUGGACGUGGCGAUGGGUCUUGUCUACCUACAUGCUAACAACUGCGCGCACGGCCGCGUGUGCGCGCGCAAGGUGCUGGUUAAUGAGCAGGGCGAGGCGAAGCUUAGUGCGAUGGAUGUGCUUCUACCCUCGGACCUCGUGCCGACGAAGAAGGAUGACAACCACCGCAUGACAGACGACUUCCGCGGCUCGCUGAGGGAGAGCGCGAUGUGGACAAUGCAGAAGAUCACGGGCCUUCGUGGGACCCGGACGUCCAAGGCGAAGCGCAACGGGUCUGGUGGUAACUUGGGCCGCAGCCGCUACGCCAACAACAGCGGCCAGAGUGAUGUGAGCGGAGUGAGCGCGGCCAGCAGCGUCACGCUGGACGGCGACAACCCCGCGUUCGAUGAAGAGUGCGACGAGUUUGACGAGAACUCGCUGAAUUCAAGCGGCAUUGGGUCGGCCACGGUGGCGGCUCAGCGGGACGACGUGUACGCCUUCGGCACGUUCCUGUGGGAGCUGGACACGAUGAUUGCCGUGGAGGAGGACCUGGCCAGCUCGAGGGUUGGUGCCGGCGCGGGUGGCGACCCACACCUGCUGAAGUUCUCGGCGGACUGCCCGCUGGAUCUGCAGGAGUUGGCCCGUCGGUGCUGGAACGAGGUACCGAGCCGGCGCCCGGACGCCAUCGACGUGCAAGAAGAGCUCGUGCGCGUGCUGGAAGGACGUUUGACCACCACGGGCCAGGCGCCACCCAACUGGGCUCGACCCAGCUACCUGAGCUCCACCAGCGCACUCAGCAGUCUGUCAAGCUCCGAGCUGUCCUCGAACAUGUCCUCGCUGCCCAGCUCGUGCUCCGUGAUGGCUGUGUCCGUGGCCGAUCUGUAA